CUUCUGCCCGCUCUAUUUUGUCCCUUCAGAAUACUUGCAGACGUAGGGCUCUCCUAUUGAAGACGCUACGUAUCUUACGUGCCGAAGCACACGUGUGAAGGUCGCCGAACAUGGCUCUCUCAGACUAUCUCAUUACGGACGACCUCACCAUCAUCCUCGCGCUUGUUGCUGCUGGCCUCUUCCUGCUUCACAACCUCUACAAACCUCAGGCACUCGUACACCCUAUCCUUCUGGGCCGCCAAAGUGACGCCGCACGAGUCAGGAACCCAUCAGAAAGCGCAGUUUACCGCAACUAUGGCACUGGCAUGCUUGGCCGUUUCCCGUUGCGCCCGAACAAGGAUCAGCAGGUUGUACUGGAUCUCGUGAAGCCCGAUGCUGAUGCUCCCCGAACGUUGUGGUCCACUAAAAUCGCGAAUCCCCAGUUGAAAGAACGGAUUGCGAAUGUCGGCGCGGGUCUGACGCGUGCUGUCGGUCUUGUGCCCCAGGAGUCCAAUGUGCUGCUUUUGUUGAAUGACAGCAUAGAGUUCAUCAUUGCGGACCUCGCUUUGUCUGCUCUCUCGGUCCCAACUUUCACCGUUGCGUCUGCCUCGGUCUUGUCCCCUGUUCUGGAGAGGCAUCCGCCUUCAGUCAUCAUCACUGACGCCGAGGUCCUUCCGCAUCUCUUGGAGCUCAUCUUCGACGCACAUGAGAGCGAACAUCACACCAUCGUGGUUGUUGGAGAUAUCAAUAGUGCUAAACUCCCAAAGUUGAACAAUGUCAAGAUCCUCAGGUGGGAUGACAUCGAGACCGAGGGCGCCGCAGCUACGAAGUCCCCUCUCUCGGUACCUGAUCCCAACGAUGUUUAUACUGUUUCGUUCUUCGCAACACCGUCUGGCGAUCUCGAGGGCGCGCAGUUGACUCACCUGAAUCUAACUGCGGGUGUGGCCGCGACUCGAGCUCUGUUGCCCCCCUCGAGCGCAAUGUCCCCCUUAGACACCAUCGUCUCCGCUUUCCCUUUGAGUACUCCCUACGGCCGUGCUGUGGCGUAUACCGCGCUCUUCGAGGGCACCGGUUUCGCCACCGUCGACAGCACGAAACUCAUCAAGCCAGAAGGCUCUGCCGCGAUUGGGCUCAAGGACUUGCGCACCUCAGCGGCGUACAGCAUUUCGUCCCCGACACUGCUGUUCAUCCGCCCUGACCAUCUCGACAGUCUUACUGAGGCAAUCACCCAGCAGGCGUCCAAGUCGUCCUGGUCAUUGUACAACUUCGCCUGGCGCCACAAGCUCGCGGGCAUCUUCGAGGGCUACAUCACCAAGCAAAGCCUGUGGGACCGCCUCGUCUUCGACGGCGCCCGCAUCAAGGUGAUGGGCAAGGGCGCGGGCACCGUCCGCGCCGUCAUCGUGAGCGGAGGCCCGCUGGAGGCGCAGAACCUGACGCCCGCCCGCAUCGCACUCUCCGUACCCGUGAUCAAUGCCCACUCGCACCCCCUCGUUGCCGGCCCUGUGUUCGCGACCCACGCGCUCGACCUCCAGACGUUCCCCACGGCCUCCCCCUCCUUGUCCGCAUCAGCCGCGGACGCGUAUGCGUUCACGUACCUCGCACCCGUCGGCCCCCCCACGGUGAACGUCGAGGUGAAGCUCGUCGGGGUGGACGACGCCGCCGUCGAGGAUGGCGGGGAUCCCAUCGGGGCCUUGCACGUGCGCGGGCCCAGUGUCGGCCGGCCCCUGUCCGUCGAGGAAGAAACGCAGGAGGAGGAAGAGCGGGGCUGGCGGUCGACCGGCGAGCGUGCAAAGGUCGCUGCGAACGGAACGUUCAAGGUCGCUCCUGCAGGGAAGGCCUGAGGUACCGAAAUAUGUGCACUACGUCUGGCCCCAGAUUGCGGCGCGUGUGCUGCGUGCGAAGCUGUCUUGGGAGCAUGGUGACAUAUGGCAGAGCGGGGUUCUCUGAGCAGAAGGACUGGAAGUUGCGUACCAGCGUACCAAAAUACGAAGAUGUCGGAGAUUGAGAUUACGCGGAGUUUCCAUACCUGCCGUGUUGUGUGCGGUUUUGCAGGGUCCCCGAUCGUGACCCAGCGGCUGUAUCCCUCCGCGCUACCGGAGGUGCUUGUACAAUGUCCGUCUAAGCUGGAUUGUGGUGCACUUGUUUCGAUUGCGAUUGUCU